AUGUCUGUGAAUUUUACAUGGGCAAGGGAUGACAGUACAAUGAAUUAUGUCGCUUUUUUAGAGGAAGUUGGUGUCAAAGGAAAACUGAAGGUGAAGACACUAAAACUUGAUGGUAUCCUAGCCUGUGGUACCAUUAGAGCCCACAGAAUAGGACUUCCUCCUCUGAAACCGGGCAAAGACUUGCGAAGAGCAGAAUGUGACUGGUCAGUUCGUUCUGAUGGAAUUGCAUGCAUGAAAUGGAAAGAUAAGCGUGUUGUCUCACUGCUAUCAACAAUUGACUCACCUGUAACUUUGAAAGAAAUCAGUAGCAAAGAAAAGGAUGGCACAAUUACAAAAAUACCUUGCCCACAGAUAGUGAAAUCUUAUAAUUUGAACAUGGGAUGUGUAGAUAAAGCGGACAUGAUGAAUAGUUUCUAUGCAAUUGACAGAAAAUCUAGACGCUGGUAG